UAUUGCAAUUCAUAAAAAUAAUAAAUACCUACCAUGUAAUAAUAAAUAUUUUAAAUUAUGUAAUAUACAUUUACAGGGCUUGGUUUAAUUGUAUACGUACACGACGAGCGUUAGCUGAUAUGACGUCCUCGGAGACAUUAGAGGUUGCGUUUGUGUCAGACGGUUCUUCUGGAGCUACAGUUUGGGAUACAACCAACGGUACAAUGUUGAAGACUUACAGGCAUACAGGGUCUAUCGGACAAAACUGCAUGAGCCUGUUGGGAAAUGAUUAUCUUAUUGCCGCCGACAAGGGACCGUUAAUACAAACUUGGCCCAUCAAUAGUCAGGAACGAACACACCAGGUGCGCAUGUUGUGUGGUGGGAAAAUUAACUCGCUGGCUGCAAGUCCUGACGGACUAUACAUUGCAGUUGCGAUUAGUGAAAAACUACAGGUUUGGAUGGCUUGCUCAGGAAGAUUGUUAACAACUGUAAGUCGUCAUUUUCAACCAAUCACUAUUAUUAAGUGGUCUUCGGAUGGAUCUUAUUUAGUCACUGGUGGUGAAGAUGGUCUUGUUUGUGUUUGGUCAUUAGCUAAAUUAGUCAACAUAUCUCGAUCUUCUAUGCCACAGAUAUUUUUUUCUGGAGACCAAAUUGAUCAGUCGGCUCCCAAUUACAUAUUUUCGGAUCAUUCUGUAAGAAUAACUGGGAUAUAUAUUGGUGAUUGCACGAGAUGCAUACGAAUUUUUACCAUUUCGGUUGACAAGACUUGCAAGAUUUACGACCUCUCAACUGGUAUAAUGUUAUUAUCAGUUGCAUUUGAUAUAAUUCCUUCUAGCCUUACUGUUGAUUCAGUAGAAACUGCUGUUUAUAUUGGUACUACAGUUGGUCCUAUAAGGUCUUUUGAUCUUACAUCUCCACCACGUACUCGUGAAUGUUAUAUAUCAGACAAAGAAAGUGGUAUUAAAUUUAUUGGCCAUGCUAAAGCUGUAACUUCUUUAAGUGUGUCAUUGUUUGGUGAUACAUUAGUAUCUGGAUCUACAGAUUGUACGAUUAGAACAUGGCAUAUAGCAAGUCGCCAAUGUUUACGCACUAUUCAAUUAAAAGAGCCUGUCAUUAAUAUGUUUUUAACAUUAAUACCACGUCAAUUAACUGCAAAUGAAUUAGAACCCAGUAUUAUAUUAAGGAGUUUUAAAAAAACAGAAGAACUAGAAGAUGAUAAUUUUAUUGAAGUAUAUUGUCAUAAUGAUCUUUUUGAAGAAGAAAAUGAUACUUAUGGAUUCAAAGAAGAUACUAGUAUACGCGAAGAAUUGGAAAAAACAAAAACAAUCAACGCAAGAAUUUAUGAAUUUGCUCUUAACUCUAUAUUAAAAGAUAGUGAACCAAAUCUAAAAGAGGAUAUAGAUAUUAGUUCUUUUUCAAUCGUUGAUUUAGAAGAAUUUGAUGGAGAAAAGAAUGGAUUAGGAGAUGGUGAUGAUACUACUGAACAUUCUACAACUCCAAGAAAGAAAAAAAGGGGAAGAAGAAAAAGUAAAAAAAAUGUUAAUGAUGUAAAUAUAAGUAAUAUUUAUAAGUAUUCAUGA